AUGAAACUGAACAACCAAACUCAGCUUUCACAAAUCCUUCUCCGAGGAUUUUCAGAGGACCCAGCAUUGCAACCUCUUGCUUUUGGGUUGUUGCUCUCUAUGUAUGUGAUCUGUGUCAUUGGGAACCUGCUCAUCAUUCUGGCCAUCUCCUCUCACCCACAUCUCCACACACCAAUGUACUUCCUUCUCGCCAACCUGUCAUUCUCUGACAUAUGUUUUACUACCACUACCAUCCCCAAAUUUCUGGUUAACAUCCAGAUACAGAGCCAAAUUAUCAGUUAUGCAGGCUGCAUCACUCAGAUGUCCUUCUUCAUAAUCUUUGCAACAUUAGGUGACUUUCUUCUGGCUGCAAUGGCCUAUGACCGGUUUGUGGCCAUCUGUCACCCCUUGCACUACAUGGUCAUCAUGACUCCCCAACUCUGUGUGCAGCUCGUUCUAUUGUGCUGGACCAUCAGUGUCCUCAAUGGUUUGUUAAACAGCUUACUAGUGCUGAGAAUGAGCUUCUGCACACAUGUGGAAAUCCCUCACUUCUUCUGUGAGUGGAAUCAGGUGGUCCACAGAGCCUGUUCUGACACCUUUCUCAAUGACCUCAUAAUGGACUUUGAAGCUGUGCUUAUAGGGGGUGGUCCCUUGUCCGGGAUCCUGUACUCUUACUCCAAGAUUGCCUCUUCCAUCCGAGCCUUCUCAUCAAUUCAGAGCAAGUAUAAAGCCUUUUCCACCUGUGCCUCUCAUCUCUUUACCAUCUCCUUAUUUUAUGGCACAAGCAUAAGUGUGUACCUCAGUGCCAGCACUGACCCAAGGUCAGUUUCAACUGCAGCAGCCUCGCUGAUGUACACUGUGGUCACCCCCAUGUUGAACCCCUUCAUCUACAGCCUGAGGAACACAGACAUGAAGAGAGCUCUGAAAAAACUAUUGUUCCCUAAAUGA